AUGCAGCGCUGCCCGCAGGAGGCCAGGCCUGAAUCCCGGACCCCACCUUCCGCCCCAUCUACGACCCCUACUCCGGCGUGGGCUGCGGCCGACGGUAGCGCUGCAGAACCUAUUGGCGGUCUACAGGAAUAUUAUUAUGAGCUAUGUAUGGAAAAGUCCCAGGAAAUUAAACCUUUUAUAUUGCAUAUACUCCAAGAAGUGGAUGAAGAAAUUGAAAAGGGAUUGGCAGGAAUCACAUUAAAUGUUGCUGGUAACUGUCACUUAAUGCCAGUAGAAAGAGUAACAGGUGAAGAUUUUUGGAUUCUUUGCAGAAUUUUAAAGAAUAAUCCAUAUAUUAAUGGUUUGGAUGUUAGAUAUAACCUCAUAAGUGAUGUUGGUGCAUCCUAUGCUACAGAACUGCUUCAGAAACAACAUAAUCUCAUUUACUUAAACCUUAUGUUUAAUGACAUUGGGCCUGAAGGUGGAGAACUGAUUGCUAAAGCACUACAUAAGAAUACAACUCUGAAACACCUAAGAAUGACUGGAAACAAGAUUGAAAAUAAGGGUGGAAUGUUUUUUGCUGCAAUGCUACAAAUUAAUUCAUCCUUAGAGAAAUUAGAUCUGGGUGACAGUGAUCUGGGAAUGCAGAGUGUGAUAGCAUUCGCUACAGUUCUAACUCAAAACCAAACAAUUAAGGGAUUAAACCUAAACCGACCUAUACUGUAUGGUGAACAGGAAGAGUCCACAGUUCAUCUAGGCCACAUGUUGAAGGAAAAUCAGUGCCUUGUUGAACUACAUGUGUGUAAGCAUGACAUAAAAAACUGUGGUAUGAAACAGUUUUGUGAUGCACUGUAUCUGAACAGAAGCCUACGCUACCUUGAUGUAAGCUGCAAUAAAAUAACUCAGGAUGGAAUGGUGUGUUUGGCCGAUGUACUGAAAAGCAAUACUACCCUGGAAGUAAUAGAUCUUUCUUUUAACAGAAUAGAAAAUGCAGGAGCAAACUAUCUCAGUGACACUCUUGCUUCACACAACAGGACCCUUAAAGCGUUGUCAGUGGUAAGCAACAACAUAGAGGGAGAAGGACUUGUUGCACUUUCACAAUCAAUGAAAACAAAUCCCACUCUCUCUAAUAUCUACAUUUGGGGAAACAAAUUUGAUGAAGCUACAUGUGUGGCAUAUUCAGAUUUAAUUCACAUGGGCCGUCUAAAAUCAGACAAUACAGAUGUGGAGCCAUUUGUGGUGGAUGGACACGUGUACCUUGCAGAAGUCUCCAAUGGCCUUAAAAGGCAUUAUUACUGGACACCAGGUUAUGGAGAAGCUUGCAGCCCAUCAUCUAAUGCAGGUCUUACUCUUGUACCAGUAGGUCAAUAUCUAUGA